GGGGCUCCUCUGUUUCCAGUCGGGUUCAGAUGCGUCUCCACAUUUUUCCCACUUCCCACCGCAAGGCUCAAAAACAUUUUUCUUCGAGUGCUGUAGAGACUGAGGAGCGGGGUGGUUUUUUGUUUUGUUUUUUUCCCCUCGUACCCAGAACCUGUGAGAUAGAGCCUGGGUCCCUGCCGGCGGCAGCUGCGGAAAAGCCCGUGGCCAUUUCGGAUUUGCCGCAAUAAAACGACUACAGGAGUAUAUCGUGGGCGUCUCCUCUACGCCAGCCACGGCCCCACCUGCGAGGGGGCGGGACCUGCGGCGCCGGACCAAUCAGCACCCACCUGCUCUCACCUGGUCCCCCUUCCGCUAGCUCCCGCGGGCUGUGGCACUCAAAGGGACCGGGAAAGCUUAGCGUAGCACUGUCCCGCGGAGGCUCCAGCUUCUUCGUCCUUCCGUCUCCAGCUAUGGAGCUCCCUAAUGGGCUUCUCGCAUCCCUCCUCCUCGUCCUCCUCCUUCAGGCGCAGGUUUGCUGGCUGCCUUGCGUGGCCUCCGAGCCGUGCCGGCCGGGCUUCAGGAAAGCUGAAGUGACGUUGGAAGCGGGACGCGCGGACCUGGAGCCGGGCCAGGCGCAGAGGAAAGUGAUCUGCGUGGACUGCCCCAGGCAAGAGUCAACAGCCCUGCUUAGCACUGAUGGUGAUUUCACUGUGCCAAGUGAUAGAACAGUCCAGGAAAGGAAAGCAUUGAAGAUCUCCCCAGCCAACCGUGUCUUGCGAAGACGCAAGAGAGAAUGGGUGGUUCCACCAAUAUCUGUCUCUGAGAAUGGCAAGGGCCCCUUCCCCCAGAGGCUGAAUCAGCUCAAAUCUAAUAAGGACAGAGGCACCAAGAUUUUCUACAGCAUCACAGGGCCUGGAGCAGACAGUCCCCCCGAGGGUGUCUUCACCAUAGAGAAGGAAACAGGCUGGUUGUUGUUGAAUAAGCCACUGGACCGGGAGAAGAUUGCGAAGUAUGAGCUCUUUGGCCAUGCUGUAUCAGAGAACGGUGCCUCAGUGGAAGACCCCAUGAACAUCUCCAUCAUUGUCACAGACCAGAAUGACCACAAGCCCAAGUUCACCCAGGAUGUUUUCAGAGGGAGUGUCUUGGAAGGGGUAUUACCUGGCACUUCUGUGAUGCAGGUGACAGCCACAGAUGAGGACGAUGCCGUCAACACCUACAAUGGAGUGGUUGCUUACUCUAUCCAUAGCCAAGAGCCGAAGGACCCGCAUGACCUCAUGUUCACUGUCCACCGGAGCACAGGCACCAUCAGCGUCAUCUCCAGUGGCCUGGACCGGGAGAGAGUCCCCGAGUACACACUGACCAUCCAGGCGACAGAUAUGGACGGGGAUGGUUCUACCACCACAGCAGUGGCCAUAGUGGAAAUCCUGGAUGCCAAUGACAAUGCUCCUGUGUUUGAUCCUCAAAAGUACGAGGCCCACGUACCCGAGAACACGGUGGGCCAUGAAGUGCAGAGGCUGACGGUGACUGAUCUGGAUGCCCCCAACUCACCGGCAUGGCGCGCCACCUACCGCAUCUUGGAAGGUGAUGACGGGGACCAUUUUACCAUUACCACCCACCCUGAGAGCAACCAGGGCAUCCUGACGACCAAAAAGGGCUUGGACUUCGAGGCCAAAAACCAGCACGUUCUGUACGUCGAAGUGACCAACGAGGCUCCCUUUGUGGUGAAGCUCCCAACCUCUACCGCCACUGUAGUGGUCCACGUGGACGAUGUGAACGAGGCACCUGUGUUCGUCCCACCCUCCAAGGUCUUCGAGGUCCAGGAGGGCAUCUCUAUCGGGGAGCCUGUCUGUACCUACACUGCGCAGGAUCCUGACAGGGGGAGUCAGAAGAUCAGCUACCACAUGCUGAGGGACCCAGCAGGGUGGCUAGCGAUAGACCCAGACAGUGGACAGGUCACUGCCACGGGGGUCUUAGACCGUGAGGAUGAACAGUUUGUGAUGAACAAUGUCUACGAAGUCUUGGUCUUGGCCACAGAUGAUGGGAGCCCUCCCACCACUGGCACUGGGACUCUCCUGCUAACACUUAUGGACAUCAACGACCAUGGCCCGGUCCCCGAGCCCCGUCAGAUCACCAUCUGCAACCAAAGCCCUGUGCCUCAAGUGCUGAACAUCACAGACAAGGACCUGUCCCCCCACACCUCCCCUUUCCAGGCCCAGCUCACACACGACUCGGAUAUCUACUGGUCAGCAGAGGUCAAUGAGAAAGGAAACACAGUGGCCUUGUCCCUGAAGAAGUUCCUGAAGCAAGACACCUACAACGUGCACCUUUCUCUGGCUGACCGUGGCAACAAGGAACAGCUGACAGUGAUCGAGGCCACCGUGUGUGACUGCCAUGGCCACAUGAAGACCUGCCCCGAUCCCUGGAAGGGGGGCUUCCUCCUCCCAAUCCUGGGGGCUGUCCUGGCUCUGUUGAUCCUCCUGCUGGUGCUUCUCUUGUUGGUGAGGAAGAAGAGGAAGGUGAAGGAGCCCCUUCUGCUACCAGAAGAUGACACCCGUGACAAUGUCUUCUACUACGGCGAAGAGGGAGGUGGUGAGGAGGACCAGGACUAUGACAUCACCCAACUCCACCGGGGUCUGGAGGCCCGGCCUGAGGUGGUUCUCCGCAACGAUGUGGCGCCAACCUUCAUCCCCACACCCAUGUACCGUCCACGUCCAGCCAACCCAGAUGAGAUCGGGAACUUCAUCAUUGAGAACCUAAAGGCGGCCAACACGGACCCCACGGCACCACCUUAUGACUCCCUGCUGGUGUUUGACUACGAGGGCAGCGGCUCUGACGCUGCCUCCCUGAGCUCCCUCACCUCCUCCGCCUCUGACCAGGACCAAGACUAUGACUAUCUAAACGAGUGGGGCAGCCGCUUCAAGAAGCUGGCAGAUAUGUAUGGUGGCGGCCAGGACGACUAGGCCACCUGUCAGCAGGACCAGGGACUAAAGGUUGGGCCUCAGUGGCAUCUCCAAGGAGCCUGAGUCCUCCCCUCAGCCAAGGACUUGGGAGCUUGUCAAGAAGUGGCCUUAGCAACUUGGAGGAGAGAGGCCCCCAAAUCUGACAUUAAGGGUUGUUUUCUAAGCCUUUCAGAGUGGAGGGACAUGGGUGGUUUGAUUUCACCUCUGGAAACCUCUCAGACUAGGCCAGGGUUGCCUCCGAGGCCAAAUUUCUGGGAGUCUAUCAUCUGCCAUAAAAUGCCUGGACCAACUCUGACCACCGCCUACAACCCCCAGUGAUGAUGUUCUCUCUGGAAUGGACCCUUCUCCUUAGAAUGAGGCCCUUAUUGCAACCUGAAUUUUUUUUUUUUUUUAAUACUGUCUUCAAAAAGUUAGAGGCAGGUCCUCAGUGGUCCCCUGGAUUGCUCCAGAAGCCGAAGCCUGAGCUCCUUGACUCACGUGCCCUCAUGCACUUCUCUCUCCUCUCCAGGCAACAAGGCCUCCAAUUGAAUGAAUUCCUGCGUUUUUAGACUGGGCGCGACUGUAUUGUCCUUUAUUUUUUAUUUUCCCUAUUGAGUGCUGUAGAUAAAGGGUGAUGACAAUCCGUGUAAAUGUACUACAACUUUUUUAUUAAAGGAAUUUUUCCCAGA